AUGACCUCGAACGCAAAAGACAUCAAAAAGCUACUCGGAAACAGAUACGAACCACAUCACAGUCCUCCCUCAGACUUCAAGAUCGAAUGGGAAAAAAGCGAAGAUUUCCACCACGAUCUCAAAACCCAAAUGGAGGCAUUGGAAAAGCGCAUCGAGAGCCUGAAGAAGGAGGAAACGCGCCAGCGGUCCCCUACAACCUCGGUCUCGUAUAUACACCCUCGGAUUACUUCCUACAACGCCCUUUUCGACGAAAUCAGCCAUCCACCGUGUCGUGGGGAAGCAGUGGUUUGCCUCGUGCAAGAGAUCUGUGCAAUAGCAAUGGCGCUGCAGGGGCUGAAGAAUGAGGAGGGAGAACUCAAGGAGAAAAACGGAGUUGCAGAGGGGUCUGGGCAAUUGAAAAGCUAG